CUCGAAAGAAAAGGACUUGCGUGACACAAGUAGACAGCGCGUAUGCGCACGUGGGUCGCGCGACGCAGCUGACGAAGCCGUUCGCGCGUGCGGACUUUCGUGCUCGGUGUCGCAGUUAGCCGGGAUUCCGCGAUGCCGUACCUGUUGAUCUCAACCCAGAUCCGACUGGAGAACGGGCCGACCAUCGUAGGAGACCGAAACAGCGAUCCCACUCUGAUGGAGCAUCUCUGCGCGCGGAAAAUCACCCAGCCCGGAAACGACUUCCCUGAGUACCGGACCGACGACCCGCCUCGCACAGUGCUGAACAAGCUAGAGCUGAUGGGCUACCGCGUGGUGGCAAUGUCUGGCAUCGGCCAGACAUGCAUAUGGACCUUGCACAAGCAGUGAUUCCGCUUGCCACGUCAUACCGUGCUUUGCAUUUACCGCUCGUGAUCAUGGCUAGCAUCGAUCGCUUGUCUUGUGCUUUCGUUUUACUCCUGUUUUGUCUCGAACUGCUUAUAACGCUGCUGCUUGAAUCAGUGCUUCUCUCGCACUUUCGCUUAUUCUCUAAGCCUGCUUCAUUUUCAACUGCUGGCAGUUGCUGGGUUAUAGGGUCCACUCGCUUUACCUGGGGCCAGACCACUGUUUUUGUCACUAUCGCUGAUGUGACCUUUCUCAAGCAUUCAUGUAACUCUGCCUCAUUGUGAUAUACUGUGGAGAUUUUCAUGUUCCUCCACACUAAGUUUCCAUUUAAUCUCCAAUAGGAUUUGAAAAUGGCCAUUUUGCUGAUUGGCUGGCAUGAAAGAAUUUUAGAUGUUCAGAGCAGCAACAGCGAAUAUAUUUACACCUACAGGCGGGUGUGUUCUUUUGCCUGUUAUGCGUAGUAGCAUGGCCGGGGUGGAGGGGGAGACAUUUUUUUCCCUCGUACUUUCUUUUUUUUCAAGCCCAAACAUAUAUAGACAUUGACCCUUUUGCACAGUGCCAGUAGCGCUAUUGACCACAUGCAGCGCAUAUAAUGCUAAACAAGAGACCAUAUCUGUUCAAUUGCCAUACCUGAAAUGUCGCUGCUGAAAAGCUGGUCUUUACUUUUAACGGUUCCAAAGUGGAUGGCCCGAUGCCACACCGACGACCAAUUAAAUUAAUGGCAGCUGAAGUGUAGAUACGAACAAUGAAUGUGUUUUCGCUUUACGUCUUGCUUAUGUGCUUGCUUUACAUCGGCAAUGCUCGCCACCUUCAGUCUCCCCUUUUUGUCCUGUUUUCUGCGCAGUUUAUGAAUCCCUACCAACAGUCUUGAAUUUCCUCUUUGGUUCUGCUUUUCUGAACUCUUAACCAGUGCAGUUUGCAACGACUCCUACUUGGUAUAUGAACAUUGUGAUAGUUUACCGACGUAGCCAUCGCACUUCACGCUAGAGCAAAGCAGCCGCGUGACGCCAAACGCAACUGCUGCUGCUUCUCUGCUGUGGGUUGCCGGAGAGCAAUGUCAAGUUACCGACACCAGGGCGCAUAUCAAGAAAAGGUGAAGCAUUUACAGCUUCCUGUUAUGUUCAACAUGACUAUGCGAGAUGUGGGUCAACCAAGGAUCAAACACCGCGGUAUUCAUGGCGUAUUCUGCCGAAGCAGGGAGACCUUGUUCAAAGUACUGAGGAACUUACUCUCAUUGUUGGCUUAUCAGGCUUCUUUGUAGUUUUGUUGCUAAACAUAAAUUUUUAUUUGUUACGUGCGUGUCAAAUGAGUCACUCCUUUAUACAUCUUUUCAAUUUUUGUAAUCAUAUGAAGUCUAGCAUAAAAAAUUACUUACGAGACUAAAUGUACAUUCUGCAAACA